AAAUCUGGAACAAGAACCGCGUGGCGAGGCGAGCCGGUACCAGUGGCACCGAGGAACUCGGUACCAACGGAGGUCUCAUCUUCGGGAAACGAGAACCCGCGCGCUCCCUGCUCGCCGUCGUUCAACCGUUAACGACGACCGCCGCACGUUCCCGAUCUCACCGUAAAGUGCGCGUAUAUAAAACCGAUCCCGACCACCUGGAACACCUAGUUUAUCGUAACACGGUGUCGGGUACGCAUCGUUCCCAAUUCGUCGCUCGGACGAUCCUUUCUUCGAAUCUUCGAAUCAUUCGAAUCGUUAAGAGAAAAAGGAAAAAAAAAAUAAACUUAUGAUUUCGAUCGAAUCGUAUCACGUCGAAGAGUAUAAUAUCACGGAUAAAAAUAGUUUGGCAAAGUUCUUGAAAGAUCGGAAGGUAAUAUCGAAAGUUCACGAGGAAUAUUGAAUCGAGUUUCAGAGGAAGCAUAUAUAUAUAUAUAUAUAUAUCUAUAUAUAUGUGUAUAUAUGUAUACAUAUACACGCACACACAUAUAUAUAUACAUAUAUAUAUAAGAUUGGAGAAGUGGAAGGAACGACACGUGUCGCUGUGUUGCUAUAGUGAAUCGGUAUCAGUCUGGUUCACGAAAACGUUCAGUGUACGUUACGCACGAAAAUUGAUCGUUACCGACGAUACGAUGCCACGAAGCGGUUUCAAAACGGCCAUGUUCAGGCCGAGCAGGGCCAGGACGAUAGUCCUGGUCGGUUUGGUGUUGCUCACGCUUCUCGACGCCGUGAACGGCAUACCGUACAAGAGAUCGUUGCUCAGGCUGUGCUCGAAAAGUCUCAGCGACGCCCUGUACCUCGCGUGCAAGGGUCGUGGAUACAACGAGCCGUUUUCGUACAGCGGCGAGGACGACCCUAUGGACGUGGGGCCCGGACUCGCGGAGGAGUGUUGCUACCAUCAGUGCAGCUAUGCUCAGCUUGAACAGUACUGCAAACCGGAUAACGCCAGCUCCGUGGACGCCGUAAAGAGUCCGGUCUGGAUAAAAUACCCGUACCUGUCCACGAGGUCGGCAGCCUCGUCGUCGUCGGAAGAGAGAUCGAGGUCGGACAUCGGCUACGUCCACGGUACAAUCAAGUGUAGGAUCCAUGGAUCGAAGGGGGCACGAAAGAAGGGGGCUAACACGGACCGUGACGACGACGCCGGCGGCUGCGAUGGGAGAAACUCGAUGAGGAGGCAUCGAACCGGCCAUUGCGGUUGCAGGCAUCGACGACAGAGGCGUCGUCGUCCUGGCAAGAUGUUAGACAAGACACCAGGCGUGAAAACAUCAAGGCACGAAACGUUAAAAUUGCCGGUGUCAUCGAACAAAAGCGAAUAAUUUCUUCAGAACGUAUGAGGGAAAAAAAAAAAGAUAAUGAAAAACGAGGGAGAGGAAAAGAAUAAUAUCCUAAGCGGCGCCAUUUUGCCGCUUCUCGGCAUCGAACUCUCCAUUCUUACCUCUUCCCUCCUUCAUUCGUGCACACUUAUCAGGAAUAAUCGAAGUGACCACGAGUUUAAAAGUUAACGACAAAAUCGUAACGAACAAAGAGAGUAGAUUAAAAAGAAAAAAAAAGAAAAAAAAGAAACAAAAAACAAAGAAACGAAAGAAAAAGACGUAAAGAAAAGAAACCGAUGGACGAAAAAAGAAAAAAAAGUAUGAGAAACUCGGACGUAACUCGGAAAAAGAGAGCAUGAAAAUCAGUAAGAAGAUGUCUAGUCCCAUAAAACAGUGAUAAAUUUGGUCGUGGUAUUUUCUCGAGUCAAAGGAAAAGAGAUUUUUAAGAGAAGAGAGUGAGAAAAAAUAAGUCGUUCGAUCGUCCUCCCUUCGAAUCCACGGCGUGAAAUGUCGGGAAGUUUUGGGAAAUUUAUUGCUUUUAUCUGUAUAUAAAUUUCGACAAAUUUUUCCAUCCGAAUCAAACAUUUUAAAUCUAAAGAAAGAAUGAAUAUGAUAAAAGAACGAAAAAAAAAAAAAAGAAAUAGAAAAAUGGAAGAAAAGAUCGUGGAUUUCUCGUACGUGGAUCGUCGCAUCGUUUCGAGAACGACAUCUCUGCUUGAGUGACGCGGAGGAUUUUGGAAUAAAUUGCACGAAUAAAUUCGUGGCUGAAUAAGAAAAAAA